AUGAACGAAGCGUGCAGAAUUUGCAAGAAAAAGUCGUCUGGAUCUCAGGAAAACUGGGUUCAGUGCGACGCGUGCAACAGCUGGUACCAUUUUCACUGCGCCGGCGUUGACGACGACAUCGAGGAUAAAGAUUGGAUCUGCGCUUCGUGCCUUACCAAGGCUCCCAAAUCGCCGCAAGACAAGCUACCAAAGGAUCUCCCUCCGUUUAGCGGAGACCCUGAGGAGUGGCCAAUGUUCAUCAGUACUUAUGAGCAUAGUACUUCAGCUGCGGGAUUCUCCAACGUGGAAAAUAUGCUUCGCCUGCAAAAGUGCCUGAAGGGCAGGGCACGCGAAAUGGUCAAAGAUAAGCUUUUGCUCCCUGGUCUAGUUCCGGAAGUAAUGGACACGCUGAAAAUGUUCUUCGGCAGACCGGAGCACAUCCUUGAGAGGAUGAUCGAUCGGGUGAGAAAGCUCCCGCCACCCAAGGAAAAAUUGGAAGCCAUAAUAGAGUACGCGCUCGCAGUACGCAAUAUUUGCGCCACAAUAGAAGCGUGCAAACUGGAAGCGCACCUAAACAACCCAAUGCUUGUAAAAGAGUUGGUGGACAAACUUCCAAAUAAUCACAAGCUAAGCUGGGCGAUGCAACCGCGCAACGAAACAGUUCCCUGCAUUAAGGCUUUUAGUGACUGGCUCUAUCAAAUAGCUCAAGCUGCGUCGACAGUCGUUACACCGUUUUCUUACAGGGCAAGUUCUGUAAACACUCACAAUAGCAGCGCAGAUAGGAAUCCUAACGCCAUAAAUUCCAGCCAUGCAGCUGCAGUUCAGCAGCAGCCGAAUCCAAAAUGUAUAGCAUGCGAAUCUACGAACCAUUGGGUAACGCAGUGCGACCAAUUCAAAUCCAGCACCGUUGAGCAGAGAUGGCAAGUUGCAAAAGCUGGAAAGGCUUGCUUCCGUUGCUUGAAGGUCCACCGAAACAGUUGUCGUCCGAAGGAUUGCGGAGUGAACGGCUGUACAAGGAAGCAUCAUCCACUACUCCACUCGGAGAAUGUUCACAACGCAGCCAACAGCACGAUGAAUCAACAACACGUAAGCACGCACCAAAGCGACGUAGAAGGUAGCCAGUUUUUCCGAAUCGUGCCCGUAACUCUGCAUUCCGCCGACAAAAAAUUCGACACCUUCGCCUUUUUGGACGAAGGAUCCUCUGUUACCUUAAUAGAAGCAACAAUUUUCGACAAGAUGGGUAUAAAAGGCUCACCGUCACCGAUAUGCUUACAAUGGACUGGGGAAACCACACGAUUCGAAGAUACUUCCGUGCGCGCAUCAAUUCAGAUUUCCGCGGAAAAUUCAGAAAAACGAUUCUGGCUCAACAAUGUUCAGACCGUAAAAAACAUCGCGCUGCCAAAACAAACUGUUGAUAUAGACCAACUGCGCAGUAAGUAUAGCUACCUGAAGAACCUGCCACUAAAGUCUUAUUCUGCGCAGCCAACUUUGUUAAUCGGAACAAACAAUUGGAAAAUUGCCGUUCCUCGCAGGAUAUGCAAAGGCAAGUGGAACGAUCCAAUAGCUUCAAAAUGCAUGUUAGGAUGGACCAUCCAGGGAUCAUCAAACUCCGAACGCCACGUUUCCAUGCACCACUGCGACUGCAAUUGGCAAGAGCUUCACGAUCAAGUCAAGGAGCACUUCGACCUUGAAGUAAUUUCCCCUAAAAAGCUACUGUCUAGCGAGGACAAACGAGCAGUCGAAAUACUGGAGCAGACGUGCCAGAACAAAUCUGGAAAAUAUGAAGUCGGGCUCAUAUGGCGGAACGAUCUUGAAAGGCUCCCCGAAAGUCGAGCUACUGCUCUAAAGCGUCUGCAAUGCAUGAGGAAAAGGAUUCUGGGCGAGCCAGAUCUGUACACACAAAUCGACGACCAAAUCAAAAAUCUUCUUUUAAAAGGAUACGCCAGGCAACUAACUGACGAGGAGGCUGGAAAAGAGGAAGAUCGCACUUGGUACUUACCCAUAUUCAUAGCCUUAAACCCGAAUAAGCCAGGGAAAAUUAGGCUGGUUUGGGACGCGGCGGCAAAGACGAAUGGAAUAUGCCUCAACGACCUUCUGCUGAGCGGACCGGACUGUUUGAACCCUCUUAUCGACGUCUUACUAGCCUUUAGAGUCGGAAAAGUCGCUGUAAGCGGCGAUAUUGCCGAAAUGUUCCACAGAAUCAACAUUCGCCAAGAGGACAUGCAUGCUCAGCGCUUUCUCUGGCACGACGCUAGCCAGAAUAAAAUAAACACUUACGUAAUGAGAGCCAUGACCUUCGGAAUUAGCUGCGCACCAUUUAUAGCUCACUACGUGCGCAACAAAAACGCCGAACUCCACCAACAUCAAUUCCCAUUAGCCGUGGACGCGAUUCAGCGUGCGCACUACGUCGACGACUUUAUCGACAGUAUGAGCGACGAGGAAAAAGCCAUCGAAAUAUCUAACCAAGUCAAAGAGGUUCACGCCAGAGGCGGAUUUGAAAUUCGCAACUGGGCAUCAAAUUCCAGAGAAGUCCUCUCUCAUCUUAAAAACGACGGAGACACCGAAAAUCAGAAGCCAGUGCAGUUUAGCGCUACAGAAAAGGUUUUGGGUAUGUACUGGGACCCACGUAACGACAUUUUUAAGUUUGUUUGCAGAUUCUCAAGACUUAAGCGAGACGUCUUUAUUGAUACUGCGGUCCCAACUAAGAGAGAAGUUCUCCAGGUCCUGAUGUCUAUCUUCGACCCCCUGGGUCUGCUAUCGUGUCAUACCAUUGGGCUAAAAAUUCUUCUGCAGAAGAUCUGGCGCGCAAAUAUUAACUGCGAUGAAGAGCUGCCAGAGUCAUUGCUGGAGGACUGGAAACAGUGGAAGCUGUUACUGUCCCAAGUUGCAGCAGUCAGUAUUCCAAGAUGCUACUCCAUGGGGAUACCAGAAGCAAGCCGCAUCGACCUGCAUACGUUUGUGGACGCUAGCGAGCAUGCUUAUUCCGCUGCCUGCUAUCUGCGGGUGCAGCAAAAGGACAAGGUGGACGUAAUGCUGGUGGUCGCUAAAAGCAAAGUGGCGCCACUAAAACCACUGUCCAUUCCACGCAUGGAGCUCCAAGCAGCAGUGAUGGGAUCACGCCUGGCGAAAAAGGUCGUCAAUGUCCGUAAUCUUCAAGUCGACAGUACUACCUUCUGGUCGGACUCACGCACCGUUCUUCAAUGGCUGGUUAUAGAUCCUCGCCACUUUCAACAGUUCGUCAUGCACAGAAUCGGCGAAAUCCUGGAAACCACUCGAGCGGAUCAAUGGCGAUGGAUCCCGUCGAAACUCAACGUUGCGGACGGGGCCACAAAAGUCAUCAACAACCCUCAGACGAACACUUGGCUUUACGAACCCGAAUUCUUAAAAAACGAACCUAAUUCUUGGCCAACGAUUCCCUCCAAGCCAGCGGAGGUCGAUACAACUGAGUUACGUAAACACAUCUUUACAACUCGUAAAGCGGCCAAAGUCCAACUCGACAUCGAAUAUUUUUCAGAUUGGUGCGGCCUUUACAGAGCCGUUGCAGUCAUGUUUCUGUAUAUCCAUCGACUGCGAGCUAAAUGCAACAGGACCGACAUGCCAGGCGUUGUAACUACAGUUCACGUCGAAGAAGCACAGAAUCUGCUAUACAAAGAAGCGCAGGGACUCGAGUUCGCAGAUGAGCUCAAUUCAUUGAAAGGUCAGAAACCAAUCAGCGUAAAGAGCAGAUUGACCGGAUUAAACGCAUAUCUCGACGACAAGGAAAUACUUCGCACAAAAGGAAGAGUGAACGCCAUCGAAAACUCUGCGGACGCCAUAAUUUUGCCACCGGAGAGUCGAAUAACAUUUCUGCUAGUUCGAUUUUAUCACGAGAAAUAUCAUCACCUCGCCCACGAAACCGUCAUAAACGACAUAAAAUCGAAAUUUUAUAUUUUGCGGCUCAGAGUACUCCACAAAUCUGUUAGAAAGGCCUGCCAAAUAUGCACAAAUCGUAGCGCCAUGCCACAGCUUCCACAAAUGGCUGCAGUUCCAAAAGCCAGGUUGGGAAGUUUUGAAAAACCGUUCACCUUCACUGGAGUUGAUUAUUUUGGGCCAAUUCUUGUCAACGUUGGAAGGCGCAAAGAGAAGAGAUGGGUUGCGCUAUUCACUUGCCUGACCUUGCGUGCAGUUCACUUGGAGAUCGCCCACAGUCUCGAUACAAGCUCCUGUGUGAUGUGCCUGACAAAUCUUAUGGCACUUCGCGGUACCCCGAGAGAAAUUUAUUCCGAUAAUGGCACCAAUUUCAAGGCUACUGAAAAAGCAGUGCGAGAGGAGUUAAUCAAAAUCGACUUCGACAAAAUAGCCGUAAAGUUCGACGGCAUUAAAUGGCGAUUUAACCCUCCAGGUGCCCCCCACAUGGGCGGAGCAUGGGAAAGAUUGGUUCGCACUACCAAGACAGUACUAAAACACAUCUGUCCAAACUAUUCAUUCAACGACGAAAGCCUGAGAAGUGCUCUAAUGGAGGCACAGUUCAUCAUUAACUCACGUCCGUUAACCUUCGUCAGCCUGGACUCUGAAGACGAUUCCGCGCUCACUCCAAACCACCUGUUAAUGGGAUCGUCGAAUGGCUACAAACCGAUCAACCUGGAGCAUUUGAAUUUGAGACGUCAAUGGAACGAGGUAAAACGUUUUGGAGAUCGUUUCUGGCAACGUUGGGUGAAGGAGUUUACACCGAUGCUCACUAGAAGAACCAAGUGGUUUGAGAAGUGCCCGCCGAUAUCAGUUGGAAGCAUAGUCAUCAUCGUCGACGAGAACUUGCCCAGAAAUCUUUGGCUUAAGGGACGCGUAACCAACACUAUUCCGGCCAAGGAUGGCCAAGUUCGUCGAGCCACUAUUAAAACGCAGCAUGGAAUUCUCGAUCGACCAGCUACCAAGAUUGCGGUUCUAGAUGUCGGCGAAGGAGAUGGUAACUGA